CCAGAUAUGGAAUGUCAACUGAAUGUAGCUUCAUCGUAUCUCUUAAAAUUAUAAUAUAUUUUUAAUAUAAAAAAAAAUAAAAGAUAUUGCAGAUAUACCAGAGAUAUGAGACAAAAACAUGUAUUGAAUAUUAGAAUUAUUUCAAUUUAAAAAUGGUUUUUACAGAAGUGUUACUAACAAUAUAGUUUUUAAAAUAGAAUGAGAUUCGAAUGUGAAUGCGUCAUUCAUGAUACUAUAAAUGCAUGUAAGCCAGAAACAGGAAUACAACUGUUACGUAUAUAUUGUGAAAUAUGAUCAGCUGUCGGUCACAAUUAUCCAAAUAUUAGAAACGCAUUUCGUUAAUUAAAAAUUGAUUCAAUUAAUUAAUCAAUUUUCAUAUUGAAAAUUAUUAUUUCUGCACAUAAAAUAAUCUUUUAAAUUUUUACAUCAUGCAAGAUCCAAAUGAAGAUACAGAAUGGAAUGACAUUCUCAGAAGAAAAGGAAUUAUACCUGAGAAACCUAAAGAAGUUACAGAAGAACAAAUAGUUGAUAUUGUGGAAAAUACCAUAAAUGAAAAAACUGGAUGUGCUCCUAAUGAUUUAGAAAACAAAACAUUGGAUGAAUUGGAUGAAUUAGAGGAUGAAGAAGAUGAAAAAGUUUUAUUAGAAUAUCGGAGAAAAAGAAUAGCAGAAAUGAAAGAAUUAGCUAACAAAUCUAAAUAUGGUGAAGUUAAAGAAAUAUCGGCAGAAGAUUAUGUUCAAGAAGUAAAUAAUGCAGGGGAUGAUAUUUGGGUUAUACUUCAUUUGUAUAAAUCUGGCAUUCCACUUUGCACAUUAAUAAAUCAGCAUUUAAUUAACUUAGCAAAAAAAUUUCCUACAACCAAAUUUUUGAAAAGUAUUUCUACUACUUGCAUUCCCAACUGGCCAGAUAGCAAUCUUCCUACAAUUUUUAUUUAUCAUAAUGGAAAUAUGGUGAAACAAUUUAUUGGACCAAUAGAAUUAAGAGGCAUGAAAUUAACUGAAGCAGAACUGGAAUGGAUGUUAGGACAAGCAGAAGCUAUACCAACAAAAAUUACCAAAGAUCCAAAACCAAAAAUCAGAGAUGUAUUAUUUUCUUCAUUAAGAUAUGAAAAUGAUGAUGUUGCUGACAGUAAUGAUUGGUAAUUUUAUUUAUGUUGGACAUUUAAGAAAACUAAUGUAUUGUCUGAAUACUAUAUAUAAAGUAUUGAUUAUUUUAUUUAUUUCAAAA